CCCGGGCUGGGAUUGGUGACGUACUUCCGGUGGGUGUCCCAGCAUUCCUCGGGGCGCUGCGCGCGCAGCUGGACGCGGUGAGUCAGUGAGAGCCGGAGCGGCAGCGGGAAGAAAAAUGGCGGAGCCCGACAGCUGGGACGCAGAUGAAUUUGAGGUAGAAGAGCCGAAACCAAAGAGUGUUGUAGCAGGUACCGUGGUAGUAAGAGAUCGUUGGGAGGGAGAAGAUGAAGAAGAGGAAGUGAAGGAUAACUGGGAUGAUGAUGAGUCAGAAGAAACUAGUAAGCAGGAACCAGAGAAGACUGAACAAAAAGUCACAGAAAAGAAAAAAUUGCUGGAUAAAAUAAAAGAAAAGGAGAAGCAGCUGAAAAAGAGACAAGAGGAGCUGAAAAAGAGGUUAGAAGUACCACAAGAAUCUCCAGAGUUAUCCCCAGAGGAGCAGCUGGCGGAAAAACUGCGUCUGAAAAAGUUGCAGGAGGAUGCCGAUCUAGAGUUGGCAAAAGAAGCCUUUGGGGUCACAGUAACCGGUAUAGAUGCCAUGAAACCGUCCACACGGGAUGACUUCACAGAGUUUGGAAAGUUGCUAAAAGAGAAGAUUACACAGUAUGAGAAAUCCCUGUAUUAUCCCAGUUUCUUGGAAACGCUUGUGCGGGAAAUCAGCAUUUCAUUGGAAAUUGAUGACCUCAAGAAAAUCGCAAAUGCAUUGACUGUUCUGUGCAGUGAAAAGCAGAAGCAAGAGAAGCAAAACAAGGCCAAAAAGAAGAAGAAAGGGGUAGUACCUGGUGGAGGACUCAAGGCUACCAUGAAAAAUGAUUUGGAAGACUACGGAGGUCUGGAUGAGGGUUAUGGACGAGAGUUUGAAGAUUUCAUGUGAUGCUCAUGGCCAUCAGUACUGAAAGCAGCCUCUCCCCCUCAGGACUCUGCCAAAUGCUACAGUCAAAUAAUUCACCCCCCCCUUCUUCAAUUACUUGCCGUGUGUGAUUCUGGAUGCUAUACUGGGUUAUCAAACUCGCCUCACACCCUACUUACCUGCUCUGUGCAUUGUAUCUUAGCCUGUGACCUUACACUCUGCUUGUGGCAUGCAUGUUAAACUGUGCCAUGUAACAUGCAUGCUCAGUAGUGCCAUGUUGCAAACAGAGUUGUUUUGGUUCUUUCUCCUUCCCCUACCCACAUGACAUGGAAACUAGACAGUGCUGGUUUCAUGGUAACCCCCCCCCUUCAGUUCUUUUCACUAAUUACUCUCGACACCUGCCCUCUAGCCCCAUUAGAUUUUAUAUUGUGGCUUUUAAGCCUUUGCUGAUAAAAGCUCUUGACUUUUCCUGCUGGACGCAACUCCAAUGCUUUUCAUAUAUUAAAAAUGAACAGGACUUCAAAUAAACCGAGGACUUCAACUGUGCAACCAUGAACCUGCAGGAGAAAGGCAGCUGGUACCACUGAAACCUCACCAUGGUGUGGGGGUCAUCUGUUGGUUCUCAGAGACUGUAGCUGCUGAUAUGAAAUCUGCGUGUCACAGGCAAUGUUGCAAAACUCUGGCUACAGGGGGGUUUCUGUUAAAAAAAAAAAAAAGCUUGAUAUUUAUUUAGUAUUGGAGUGCCCGUGUGGUUUCAGAAUUGGAUAGUUGCUUCUCUGACUCUUGCUGCAAGGUGCAGGACCUGACAUCUCUUAAACUUAAAUUCUGUUCAGUUAUCGGAUGACGCUUUGCAAGCAGGUCCUUCAAUGGGAGAAUUGUUAUAUUAACAAUGAGACUGCAAUGUUUGUUUUUUAAGACAACUAAUUUAAUAAACUCAUCCUUGUGAGAGAAGGCA